AUGCAGUCUAUGCCACAACUGCUUAGGCAAUCACUCCGAUCAAGCCUACAAUUAACAAGCGCUUCACCCGUGCGAACGCACUUCCGCCCUACAUUCUCCGUCAGACCGACUCCGCGGAGCUUCUCCGCUUGUGUACAAUGCCAAUUCCGCCGACAGCCGGGCACAUAUUUGGCCUACAAUGACCGAGAAAAGUUCUCCGCUGAUACCGAGAGAUUAAUCAGGGAAAAGGAAAAGGAACUCGCCGAGCAGGAGCUCGCUUCCCGCGACCCGGUCCCGAUCCCGGGUGUGGAGGCGGGCAGUUCUGUCGAUUCGGUUCCUCCUCCCACAGAGACCGAUCAGACCACCGCACAACCGCAAACAAAGGAGAAUGAAAAGGAACAGUCGGUUUCUCAGGAGGAUGAAGCUAGUGCUGCUGGCGCGAAGAGCGGAGGCCUGCCCUCGUACUUGGAAAGCCGUCGGUCAAAAUGGUCCAAGCAGUUCAGUACAAUGAUGGACAAUGUGCAAUCGAAUGUUUUCGUAGCGGGUCAGCGUUUAAAUGACCUGACUGGAUACUCCAGCAUCGAAGCUCUGAAGAACGAGAUUCAGUUCCACGAGGACCGACUCCGCACUGCCCGAACAAAUGUCAAGAAAGCGAAAGAAGAGUACGCCAAGGCGAUUAACCGCCGCUCAACCUCCCAACGCGAAGUAAACGAGCUCCUCCAACGCAAGCACGCCUGGUCCUCAACAGACCUGGAACGAUUCACCCUCCUCUACCGCAACGACCACACGAACGAGGUCGCCGAAACAGAGACUUCGCAAGCUCUAUCAGCCUGCGAGCGCGAAGCUGAAGAAGCGGCUGCGCAGCUGAGCAAGAGCAUCCUCUCGCGAUACCACGAGGAGCAAGUCUGGUCUGACAAGAUCCGCCGCAUGUCGACAUGGGGAACCUGGGGUCUGAUGGGUGUGAACGUCCUGCUAUUCCUUGUCUUCCAGAUUCUCGUGGAGCCGUGGCGUCGGAAGCGACUCGUCAAGGGUUUCGAGGAUAAGGUCGUUGAAGCGUUGGAGAAAGAGAAGGUUCUGAACCGGGCUAUGUUUGCUGAGAACGCUAUCGCGAUCUCGGCGCUGCCAAAUACCUCUAUUCUCCCUGGGGUUGCUGAUUCUACCUCCGAGAACGCAAUUGAGGCCACUCCUUCUCUUUUGAUUGAGCCGAAGAUUACUGCGACAGAGAUUGAUCCGUCCAGUACGGGUUCUGUCGUAUCGGUGACCGAUGCUAAUGCCUCCCAGUCCCUCAAAACUCGCCUCUCCAACAUUACUUCUCCGGUUUUGUCGGUCGAGUAUUGGAGGCAGGUGGUUAGCGAGUUCUUCAGUGAUCGCAACAUUGCUGUCUCCCAAUACGAUGUUACCGCUGUGGCUCUUCAGAGUGCUGCGGCUGGUGCAGCUGUGACGGGCCUACUGUUCGCCCUGAUCGGAUCACGGUAA